GGGAACAUUGUGUCUCUAUACAUUGCGCUCGCAUGAGCAAGGGAGGGGCUGCGAAAGUGACGGAUAGAAUGAAUGCAAAGAGCCAAAAGAACACUUCCUGUUGAUGCAAAAAUUGCAGCAGCAACUGUCUGACACAUCUGGACUGGAGCGAGGGGGGGAGGCCUGGCCGUGGCUGUUAGCGAACCGCGAAGGGGGAAUAUGGACAACGUUUAGUGUUAUAAUCUGCAGCACGGUGGUUGACAAACUGGAGAAACACAUCCAAGAAAUGGACGACGGCAGCUACAUCGAGUUCGAUGUGCCGGAGUUCAGCAACACUGUUUUGACUCAACUCAAUGAGUUACGACUGCAGGGCAAGUUAUGUGACAUCAUUGUUCACAUUCAGGGUCAGCCAUUUCGCGCCCACAAGGCUGUGCUGGCAGCUAGCUCACCCUAUUUUCGUGACCACUCGGCUCUCAGCACCAUGAGUGGCCUCUCGAUCUCAGUCAUCAAAAACCCUGAGGUGUUUGAGCAGCUUCUUGCGUUCUGCUACACAGGCCACAUGUCCCUACAGCUGAAGGACAUCAUCAGUUUCCUCACCGCUGCUAGCUUUCUGCAAAUGCAGGUUAUUAUUGACAAGUGCACCAAGAUCCUGGAGAGCAUCCACUCCAAAAUCAGCAUCCCAAUUAAUGCCUGCAGCCCAGAGAAGGAUGACUCGCAGACCAGUCGCAACGGGGUCAAUGACAGCAAUCUCUUUGUCAACCCAACCCAGAUCUCCCCCCCUUACUACUCCCGUCAGAGUCACGAAGCACGCCUGGGCCGUGGGCGACAGCAGCAAGAAGAAGGACAGUCCGAUCGGGGCAGCACGGACAGUGUGUCAGAGCAUGAUACGCCCAUGGAAGGAGAAAUGGAGCAAGUUGAACUCAUUGGAAAAGAUGGGCAAGUAACCGAUGUGCAUGUGAAAGUAGAGAAAACCGAGAGGCCUACCUAUUCUGAUAGUUCCUCAGCUGGUGAUGAUGGUUACCACACAGAGCUAGUAGAUGGAGAGCAAGUUUUGGCUGUUAGUGUAGGUUCUUAUGGUCCAGUUAUCCAGUCUGCUGCCUACUCCUACACAGGGCUGUCCUCCCCGUGCUUCGUCAACCUCAGCAACUCCAGUCCAUCCCGUUCCAUCCUCAGUGGGUUCAGGGGCGGGAGAGCCAGAGCCAAGCGUCCUCUGGCCAUCCCAGCGGCGGUACUGAGUCACAUCAAACCAGGUUCAGAUGACACAGAGUCUCCUGUGGGACCCACUAUACUGGAGAACGACGUGCGAGAGCGUAGUCUGAGGAGCCAGUGGUACCCAUACAACGAAAGACUCAUUUGUGUCUAUUGUGGUAAGACCUUCAAUCAAAAAGGGAGCCUCGACCGUCACAUGCGCCUGCACAUGGGAAUCACCCCAUUUGUAUGUAAAUUCUGUGGCAAGAAGUACACAAGGAAAGACCAACUGGAGUACCACAUCCGUGGCCACACGGACAACAAGCCCUUCCACUGUCAGAUCUGUGGAAAAUGCUUCCCAUUUCAGGGUACCCUUAACCAGCACCUGAGGAAGAAGCACAUGGGAGCAACCGAGAGCAACAACCAUACGGACUCUCCAAAUAGGACGGAGGGGAGCUCAGGUCAGAAAGACCAAGAGGAUACCGCUGAGGAGAUAGCCUAUGAGGCACAAUAUGCAGAAGAGGCGCCAGCCAACGAUAUGGAGGAGAGCUCCAAAUGCAGUCCGGAAGAAGCUCAAGCAUCCAGAUGUGAUUAUUAGGUCCUGCUUCAGGUUAAAGAAGCUUUAAGAAUAGUCUAUUUCAAAUCAAUGGUUUUUUUUUUUUUAAUCAGGUCCCUCUACUAUUGACUUGUCUUGCAUUAAAGGGGUUCUGCUCA